AUGAAGCGUGGUGCGAUCGAGUCUUUCUUCAAGCGUCCUGAGGCAAAGAAGCCCAAGUAUGAAGUUGGCUCAGACAAAUCAACGCAUUCUUCUUAUCCUUUCGCCAUCCCGCAUCUGCCCGCUACAUUUGCGGAGCAGCUAGGGUUUGCUCCUGCUCAAGAGGGCAAACCCAUGAACGAUCAGCUAGAUUUGGAUCUUAUGUACUACCAGCCCUACAUACCUUCUUCUAUCGCUCCUGGUCUCUUUGGCUUUCUCAGGCAAGAGCUUCCUUUCUAUCGCGUACAAUACAACAUCACUCGCGGUGGUGUACAAACUUUGAUCAACACCCCACGAUUUACUACCGUUUUUGGAGUCGAUGACACGAGCUGCUUCACAUCAGAUGGCUCAAUUAUUGACGCCAAAACUGGCAAGCCAGUUGAAAAAAGUCGAUACAAGUGCACACCUAGGCCUAUUCCUCAGUGCUUGGAUGAGCUAAGGAAAUUGACUGAGGGCACUACCGGCGAGACGUUCAACUUCUGCCUUGUCAACUAUUACGCAGAUGGCAAAGACAGUAUCUCGUACCACUCGGAUGAUGAACGCUUCCUCGGCCCCAACCCAGCAAUUGCAUCCUUUAGUCUAGGUGCGAAACGCGACUUUCUCAUGAAGCACAAGCCCACAGCUCCCAAAGAAGGUGUUGUGGCUGAAGAGCCCAGGAGUAUCAAGCUGCCCUUGGGCUCUGGAGACAUGGUACUGAUGCGCGGAACGACGCAGGCCAAUUGGCUGCAUAGCCUACCGAAGCGCGCUGGACCGGAGGCAGAAAAGGGUAGAAUCAACAUUACGUUUAGGAAAGCGAUGGUGAAGGGUGGAACGGAAAACUACUAUCAGUACAAUGUUGGCAUGGGAGGGGUUCAUCGAUGGGACGCCAAAGCCGGGAAGAUGGUACCUUCCGCUGUAGACGCGGAAGCGAACGUGGGUGGUACUUGA